CUCGCGGCGGCGUACCACCUCUGCGACCAGAUGGACAUGAACGAGGGGAUAUGCAACCACCUCACGGUCAUGGUCCCGGGGACGAACGACCGGUUCCUGUGCGUGCCGUACGGUCUCCUGUGGAGCGAAGUCACCGCGUCGAACCUUCUGCUCGUGAACGGAAACGGAGACGUCCUCGAGGGCACGGGCGAGAUCGACUCCACGGCGUUUCACAUUCACAAGGCGAUCCACAAGAGAGGCGUCGUCGCGGUGCUGCACACGCACCAGCCGUACGCGACGGCGCUGUGCUGCACGGACGCUCAGGACGGCGGGUUCAAGCUCGAGAUGUGCCAUCAAAACUCGCUUCGGUUCUGGAACGAGAUCGCGUACGACGACGAGUUCAACGGUCUCGUCUUAGACGACGACGAGGGCGAACGCCUCGUGAAGGUCAUGAACGGCAGGAGGAUUUUGAUGCAUCAGUCGCACGGCAUCAUCGUCUGCGGCGCGUCCGUCGCGGAGGCGUUCGACGAUCUGUACUACCUGGAACGCGCGGCGAGGCAGCAGAUUCUCGCGCAGUCGACGGGGAAAAAACUGAAACUCGUCGGCGAUGACGUCGCG